UGUUUAUCAAAUCAGCUGUUGCCUAAUAUCCUCUCGUUGCUCAGUUUUUGCAUAACAAAAGCAUAUUUAAAAAGUUAUUAAUUAAAAAUGUCGAAAGCCGCGGGAAAACUUAAGGUUUUAAAGAAAACAGCUGAUAAAAUAACACAUACGACUAAAUUAAAAACAAACAUACCUGCUGGUAUGGCGGCCGCUGGUCCUCCGCUAGGUCCAAUGCUCGGUCAGCGUGCUAUUAAUAUUGCUGCAUUUUGCAAAGAUUUCAAUACACGGACAGCAGAAAUGAAAGAAGGCAUUCCACUCCCAUGUCGUAUUUCAGUUAACAGCGAUCGCAGCUAUAACUUGGUUAUACACUCUCCACCCGCCACAUUUUUGUUGAAACAAGCUGCAGGAAUUCCACGCGGUGCCAUGCAACCGGGCCGAGAAAUCGCUGGCAUGAUCACAUUAAAACAUUUAUACGAAAUUGCAGCAAUUAAAAUACAAGACCCACCUAAUACAUUGCUAACAAUGCAGCAAAUGUGCGAAAUGCUUGUGGGAAUUGCACGCACCUGUGGAAUUAAAAUUGUACGAGAACUAAAUCCUGAAGAAUAUGCUAAAUUUUUGGAAGAACGGCAAGUUGUUGUCGCCGAACAAAAACGAGAAUUACAAGAAAAACGUGAAGCAAAGAUGUUGAGAACGGGUUAAUUUUUUUGUUAAAAAUACUUUAUUAUACUUCUUUAUGAAAAAUAAAACAAUGCUAUGCAA